UCCAAGACAAAAAUGGCAAGGUCAUGCUCGAGCAACCACUGCCGAAAGAGUUCGACGGAUUCCCUAACAUCUACACGAACCGGACUAAAGUGCAGAACUUCUGCUACGAAUAUGCGAAGUCUAUUGGGGUCGAAUUCACCUUCAACGCUCGGGUAAACGAGUACUUUGAGGAGGGCGACAAAGCUGGCAUCAUCCUCAAUGGGGAGAAGCUCACUGCUGACUUCGUUAUUUCAGCGGAUGGUGUACACAGCAAAGGCCGUGCCUAUGUCACCGGCGUAGCAGACAAAGCCCAAAAGAGCGGAUUCGCGGUGUAUAGAUGCUGGUUCCCAAUAAGCAAGAUCGCUGAUCAUCCUCUUACGAAGUAUAUUGCGGAGUCCAAAAAAGACAUGUUCGCCAUCUGGAUCGCAGAGGAUACACACGCCAUCCUUACCACCAACGUCAAUCUCCAGACUUGCACCGUCUUUGCAACUCAUAAGGACUAUUCCGAUAUUGCAGAGUCGUGGCACCUGAAAGGUGAUGUCAAGGAAAUGGAGCGAGCUGUUGAAGGUUGGGAUCCAAAGCUCAUUCAACUCGUCAAAUCGAUUCCAGAGGAUGGAUUGAUUGACCAUAAGCUACUGUGGCGCGAUCCGGUGAAGAAGUGGGUUUCGGAUAAGGGCCGCGUUUGCGUAGUGGGCGACGCAGCUCAUCCUCAUCUGCCGACCUCCGGCACUGGCGGUGCAUCAGCUAUUGAAGACGGCGCAACAAUUGCGGCAUUGUUGGAGAAUACUGAAGACGUGCCGCUUGCUCUAAGAUCGUACAUUGCGCUACGGUACGAGCGGACCGCAUUGACGCAGCGCAUGGGGUGGGAAACCCGCCACAGAUGGCAUCAAACCGACUGGGAGGGGGUCGCUAAUAACCCAGCUUUCUUGAAGCUGCCGCAGCCAGUGUGGCUGAACGGACAUGACGCGGAGCAGUAUGCGUACGACAACUUCGACGCCGUCACUGCGAAUGUUCUCAAGCAAGCACCUUUCACCUCGACGAAUGUACCGGAAGGCCAUGUUCAUGAGGAUUGGACGAUUGCGACGAUGAUGUCGGCGGAAGGCGAGAAGGCUGAGGCUGGGUUUUAUGUUGUCAACAAUGAUUAGGUGUCGAAGAAACCCUCGAAUUACAGAUCUUUGAGCAUUCUGUUUCGAUUAAACUCAAAACAAACAUGAACUAUGGAUGGAACGGGAAGGUGAAUUCGAAGUAAAUUUGAUUAAGAUGCCAUUGCACGACUAGCAAAAAGAGCAUCACCUCGAACGACCUUCGAACCCAGGCAAACGAAGAAAGAUGUAGACGGAAGAUGAUCUCAUGCACUUCACGGCUCGCUCAUACUCACCUGGGCAGCAAUUGAUGCAUGCUAUAGCUGCACAUGCGAUCAGUCUGCGUACAACGUCCAGGUUUCCACAGACUCUAUAUCGAGUCAUUAACUCCCAAGUUUUACCACUGAGGCUACACUGGUUUUCAUAGCAAGGAAAACAAGGCAAUGUUUAAAUACAGGUAUGCAGUACCGCACCAGCUU